AUGGCCAGCACCACUGAUUUAACCGCCCGACUCCAGAAGCUGGGCAUUUCCGAUUUCCCAGCCUACCCCAAGGCGCAGCCUGAUCUGAACCCGGUCGACAUUUUCCGGUCGUAUAUUUCCGACGAACUGUCCAAGAUUUCCGGCGUCGACCGCGAUCUGAUUUUCCCCGCUUUGGAGUACACAAGCAACCCUGAGCGUGGCGAUAUGGUCAUCCCCGUCCCCCGUCUGCGGGUCAAGGGCGCGAAGCCGGACGUGCUUGCCAAGGGGUGGGCCGACAAGUUCCCUGCAAACAAGUACGUUGACUCGGUCACCGCGAACGGCAUGUUCCUCCAGUUCACGUACUCGGCCAAGCUGCUGUUCAACAUAGUGAUCAACGACAUCUUGACCCUCAAAACCGAUUUCGGUCGAUCCGACGUUGGCAAGGGCCAGACUGUAGUCGUCGAGUUUUCGUCGCCUAAUAUUGCCAAGCCUUUCCAUGCUGGCCAUCUGCGUUCGACCAUCAUUGGCGGUUUCCUCAGUAACCUCCACGAGAAGCACGGCUACAAGGUCGAGCGUAUCAACUACCUGGGCGACUGGGGCAAGCAGUUUGGUCUUCUGGCCGUUGGAUUCGAGCGUUAUGGUUCCCGCGAAAAGCUCCAGAGCGACCCUAUUAACCACCUCUUUGAGAUCUACGUCAAAGUCAACCAGGAGAAGGACAACGAAUUGGCCACUAACGAUGGCAAGUCUGAGACUGACGAUUUGGCCCGUCAGUACUUCCGCAAGAUGGAGGAUGGUGAUGAGAAAUACCUCACUUUGUGGCAAGAGCUCCGUGAUAUGAGUAUCGAAAAGUACAAGGAGACUUACAAGCGCCUCAACAUUGAGUACGAUUCCUACUCGGGUGAGUCUCAGGUUCCCAAAGAGAAAAUAGCCCGGGUCAUGAAAGAGCUCAAAGAGAAGAACCUUGUUACUGAGGAUAAGGGCGCUCUGUUGGUCGACUUCGCCAAGUACAACAAGAAGCUCGGCAAGACUCUUGUUCAGAAGUCCGACGGAACUACUUUGUAUUUGACCCGUGAUGUUGGCGAAGCUAUCAAGCGUUACGAGACUUAUAAGUUCGACAAGAUGAUUUAUGUCAUUGGCAGCCAGCAGGAUCUGCACACCGCACAGUUCUUCAAGAUUAUUGAGCUCAUGGGUUACGAAUGGGCCUCCAAGCUCCAGCACGUUAAUUUCGGUAUGAUCAAGGGUAUGUCUACCCGUAAGGGAACUGUUGUUUUCCUUAGCACUAUCAUCGAGGAGACUAAGGAUGCAAUGCACGAAGUCAUGAAAAAGAACGAGAUCAAGUACGCGCAGGUCGAGGACCCCGACAAAGUUGCCGAUUUGGUUGGUUUGUCUGCCAUCAUGGUUCAGGACAUGCAGUCCAAGCGUAAUCUCAACUACGAAUUUGACUGGAGUCGUAUGUUGUCCUUCGAGGGUGACACUGGCCCUUACUUGCAGUAUGCUCAUUCUCGUCUCCGCUCCAUGGAACGAAAUGCCAACUUCACUGAAAAGGAGCUGCUCAAUGCCAACUGGGAUCUGCUCACUGAGCCCAUCGCUGCUACCCUUAUUCGCACACUUGCUUCAUGGCCUGAUGUCACUUCUACCGCCUUGAAAAACCUCGAGCCUAGCACUAUCCUUACCUAUCUUUUCAAGAUGACCCACAUCGUCUCUUCUUGUUACGACGUUCUCUGGGUUAUGGGACAGGAGCGGGAGCUCGCCAUUGCCCGCAUGGCUCUUUAUUCUGCUGCUCGCCAGGUCCUCUACAACGGCUUGGUCCUCCUUGGCAUCACUCCUGUCGACCGCAUGUAA